UCUUUGCCCACUUUGUAUUUUGUCUUGGCUACGUUGCUCAAGAACUUUUCUUCAAGAGAACUGCAAAAAUGGUAUUGGAAUCGAGUAAUGGAGGUCCACAUAAUGUGAAACUCGAUCAGAAACCUGAAGUAGAACCACCGAGGCCUCUCACCUUAGAAAUUUUAACUUUAAUUAAAGACGCUCAGCAGCAACACGGUUUAAGACACGGCGACUAUCAAAGGUACCGAGGGUACUGUUCCAGAAGGAUUAGCAGACUUCGAAAGGUGUUGAAGAUUCCCCAAGGUGACAGAAGGCAUUUUAAAAAACGAGAUGUUACGGAAUCGCACAUUCUAAACCCCAAAGCUGAUGAAAGGUUUCUACAAAUUCCUUUGAUGCUGGCUGAGCGCUGUUGGGGUUAUGCCAUGCAAUUACGACAGGAAGCUAAUACUGAACCUAGAAAGAAGUUUCAUUUAGUUCAGAAACUACGAAAAGCGUGCGUUUAUGCCCUACAGUUAGAUGAAUUGUGCAAAUAUGAAAGGUGUGAUCCAAGAACUCAGUUAGAGUCGCAAGCUUAUCUUGCGUGGAUUCAUGGAUCGUUGCAAUUUGAGUUGCAAUUGUGGCUGCAGGCAACUGAGAAUUUUAAGAAAGCCCAAGUUAUAUAUGAAAAGUUAGCGUCGACUCUGAAAGAAGAUGAACAGCUACCAUACAAGCAAAGAGUGGAAGAGAUAGCUCCAAGUUUGCGAUAUUGUUCUUAUAACAUUGGUGAUGAUAAGGCAGUAGAUUUAUUAGAAUUGCGCAGCCAAGGCAUUUUGGAAACUUUUGAUGCUUUGGUUUCACAAACAAAAGAAAAAACUGUUGCUGUCCUGCAUGAAGUUGACUGGUUCAAUUUGAAGAUUUCAGUUAGAAUUGAGAGAGUCAGACUAUUCUUGGUGAGCAUUGAAGGCCUAGAUGACUCUUUAAAGCAUGCUGAAAACAAUCAGGCUCGUAUCAAGAUUUUAGAAAACAUUCUAAUUGAUUUACGCGAUGUAAUUUCCCUUGUACGCGAGAGUGCGAGAACUGAUAAACAAGAUGAACUAUUAUUGACAUAUCUAAAAUCAAUUAGAAUCGAGCGGACCUCUCAAAGGAACUUAUUGCUGAUUCAGCAAACCAAACGGCCGCAAGACAGCUUUCGGUUGCUUGACAUUAACAUUCAACAGACUAAUGAACAGUCACAAAGUGAAUGCAUUAAAAAUAAUGCUGCAGCUGAAAGUUACUACAAUGAUCAACUAAACGCGUACAAAGCCUUGAGAUCUUAUUACAUGGGUAAAACCCACGCUGCUGCUAGAAGGUGGAGGGAAGCGGCCAUAUUGUUUGAUUCAGUAAGUCAGAGUAUUAAAUCUCUUAAAACUACUGGCUAUGGAUCAGAAUUAUCAGAGUUACUUAAGAUUAUGAAGGACAAUUAUGAAACUGACAUUGCCACUGCUCAAGCCAACUACGUGCUGGACCAGCAAGAAGACCAGGCAAUCAAUCUGCCCCAGAAAGUGUUCAAAUCAAAGAAACCCCUUAUUGACAGACUGGAUGAAUUUAGAGAAGAACCACAGCUUUUGUCUAAGAAUCCAAAUUUGGUGGUGUUACCUCCAAACAUGGAACCUAUUCCAGCCAAACCUUUGUUUUAUGAUUUGGCAUUGAACCAGGUGGAGUUUCCUGAUCUUACAGAGAAGCUCGAAGGACAACCAAAAGUUAAACAAGGAGCUGGUAUUUCUGGAUUUGUUAAAGGCUUAUGGGGAUGGGGCAAAAAAUAAAAUAUAAGGGGAAUUUUUCUAUGCCGGGAAUUAUUAUUAUCCACAAUAAUUAAAUAAUUGUUUGGGUUAUGAUGCAGUUAGUCUUUUAAUAAAAAAAAUAUUCAUCUAA